GAGCGGUUGUGCGAUCAGAUCGAUCUAAGAUGGCGACUGUGGAACCGGAAACCACCCCUACUCCUAAUCCCCCACCUACAGAAGAAGAGAAAACAGAAUCUAAUCAGGAGGUUGCUAACCCAGAACACUAUAUUAAACAUCCUUUACAGAACAGAUGGGCACUCUGGUUUUUUAAAAAUGAUAAAAGCAAAACUUGGCAAGCAAACCUUCGGCUGAUCUCUAAGUUUGAUACUGUUGAAGACUUUUGGGCUCUGUACAACCAUAUCCAGUUGUCUAGUAAUUUAAUGCCUGGCUGUGACUACUCACUUUUUAAGGAUGGUAUUGAGCCUAUGUGGGAAGAUGAGAAAAACAAACGAGGAGGACGAUGGCUAAUUACAUUGAACAAACAGCAGAGACGAAGUGACCUCGAUCGCUUUUGGCUAGAGACACUGCUGUGCCUUAUUGGAGAAUCUUUUGAUGACUACAGUGAUGAUGUAUGUGGAGCUGUGGUUAAUGUUAGAGCUAAAGGUGAUAAAAUAGCAAUAUGGACUACUGAAUGUGAAAACAGAGAAGCUGUUACACAUAUAGGGAGGGUAUACAAGGAAAGGUUAGGACUUCCUCCAAAGAUAGUGAUUGGUUAUCAGUCCCAUGCAGACACAGCUACUAAGAGCGGCUCCACCACUAAAAAUAGGUUUGUUGUUUAAGAAGACACCUUCUGAGUAUUCUCAUAGGAGACUGCGUCAAGCAAUCGAGAUUUGGGAGCUGAACCAAAGCCUCUUCAAAAGCAGAGUGGACUGCAUUUAAAUUUGAUUUCCAUCUAAAUGUUGCUAAGAUAUAAGAGAAGUCUCAUUCGCCUUUGUCUUGUACUUCUGUGUUCAUUUUUUUUUUUUUUGAUUUUGGCUAGAGUGUCCACUAUCCCAAUCAAAGAAUUACAGUACACAUCGUCCCCAGAAUCCAUAAAUGUGUUCCUGGCCCACUCUGUAAUAGCUUAAAAGAAUUAACGAUUACACACACAUUUGACCCAUCUACAAUAUUAAAGAAAAGAAUUUGCAUUUCUAUACCUUACAAGAGAACGAUUCUGUUCCAUUGUAUGCAGGAGCAUAUUUUGCUGGUUUGAAAGAGUAUGAUGCAUACAGUUUUCUAACAAUUUUCUUUGUUUCUUUUUACAGCAUUGUCUGUGCUGUACUCUUGCUGAUGGCUGCUAGAUUUUAAUUUAUUUGUUUCCCUACUUGAUAACAUUAGUGAUUCUGAUUUCAGUUUUUCAUUUGUUUUGCUUUUGUUUUUCUCCUCAUGUAACAUUGGUGAAGGAUCCAGGAAUAUGACACAAAGGUGGAAUAAACAUUAAUUUUGUGCAUUCUUUGGUAAUUUUUUUGUUUUUUUGUAACUACAAAGCUUUGCUACAAAUUUAUGCAUUUCAUUCAAAUCAGUGAUCUAUGUUUGUGUGAUUUCCUAAACAUAAUUGUGGAUUAUAAAAAAUGUAACAUCAUAAUUACAUUCCUAAUUAGAAUUAGUAUGUCUGUUUUUGUAUCUUUAUGCUGUAUUUUAACACUUUGUUAUACUUAGGUUAUUUUGCUUUGGUUAAAAAAUGGCUCAAGUAGAAAAGCGGUCCCAUUCAUAUUAAGACAGUGUACAAAACUGUAAAUAAAAUGUGUACAGUGAAUUGUCUUUUAGACAA